AUGACGGAUGGAGAGACAGAUAGACACGCACAUACGGACACACACACGCGCACACAUACACACACACAUACACACACACACACACACACACACACGCACACACAUACAUAUACACAGACAGCAUAUACAAACAACAGUCGGAAGACUUCACCAAAACUGGCUUGUUUAACGGUGCGAAAAGGCAAAGCUGGCUGCAAGGUUGCUCGGGUAGAUGGACGUAACGGAAUGGAAAGUGGACAGGAAGCUAAGGCAGCUAUCAAGAAUGUUUGCUAUCGCGGAUCUGUCCACUCAAGCUUUCUUCUUAUUUAA